AUGAGGGACAGGUUGGCCGAUUUGGCAGCGGGCAGGAUUCACGAUGAAGACGAUGUCACUGUUGCCGUGGAGAGAGAUGGCUUCAUGGAGGACUUCUUCAGAAAGGUGGAGGAGGUGCGGAGCCUUAUUGAUAAGAUCUCCUCUCAGGUUGACGACGUGAAGAAGAAACACAGCAUGAUUCUGUCAGCGCCCAAUCCUGAUGACAGAACUAAGGAGGAGUUGGAGCAGCUUACCGUAGAGAUCAAAAAGAAUGCUAACACUGUACGAACAAAGCUCAAAUCCAUGCAGCAGAGUCUUCCUCCAGAUGACAACGCCAGCCGUGGCUCAGUGGAUGUCCGUAUUCAGAGGACCCAGUACACUGUUUUGUCUCGGAAGUUUGUGGACGUGAUGACACAAUACAACGAGACCCAAGUGUCCUUCAGAGAGAAGUGCAAAGGCCGAAUCCAGAGACAGCUGGAAAUCACUGGAAGAGUGACAACGAACGAGGAACUCGAGGACAUGCUGGAGAGUGGCAACCCCGCAAUUUUCACCUCCGACAUCAUCUCCGACUCUCAGAUUACACGACAGGCCCUGAAUGAGAUCGAAUCCAGACACAAAGAUAUCAUUCGCCUGGAGUCCAGCAUUAAAGAGCUGCAUGAGAUGUUUGUGGACAUGGCGAUACUGGUGGAAACUCAGGGUGAGAUGAUUAACAACAUAGAGAAGAAUGUGACCAAUGCUGUGGAGUACGUCGGCCAUGCCAAAGAGGAGACAAAGAAAGCUGUUAGGUACCAGAAGAAAGCCCGCAGGAAAGUGGUCUAUCUGGCUAUUUGUGUAGCGGUAUGUGUCAUCCUGCUAGCCAUUAUAAUUGGCACUUCCCUUGCGUAGCAUGGACAACGUCCCAGAUUGAAACAACAAGAGGAACGGCUCACGGCAAUAUUCCCGUGAAACGAUAGCCUCUGCUCAGGUCUUUUAGAGUUUUCCCACACGCUUCAGGAGACACGGAAGAGC